AAUGAUAGCAUGAAAUAAUAUAAUUUAAUAUGAUGUAAUGGAUAAUGGAUAAACAAUGUAGCCUACGGAAAUGUGUCUACAUGGCAAGCUACUUCCCUGAAAUAGUUGGGUUUCUCCCAAGCCUGAGUAUACUUCACACGCUUAUCGCACAAGUGAGUUUUGAUUUGUUGGCGAUCACGUGACUAUUGGGAUUUUUACUAUGCCCAGUCGGAUAUGGAGCAUCACUAACGAGUUUGCUGCGUGAUCGAGGUUUCAUUUAUCUCAUGAAAAAAGGUGGCACAAAUGAAGUUUCUCUUUAUUUUACUGACAACGUGUGGUUUACUAUACUACGGUGUGUUUGGUGUUGAAGAAAUUACAAUGUCUGUGAGAGAAGAAGAUAUUGUCACUCUACACACUGGUGUUAAGACAAAUCAUCGAGACCGAAUUAGAUGGUAUUAUAAAGACAUUCGCAUCGCUCAGAUCACUGGAGAUCUCAUUAAGACCUGUAAAGACGUUCAGUGUAAAGAGAGAUUCAGAGACAGACUGGAGCUGGACAAUCAGACUGGAUCUCUGACCAUCACAAGUAUGAUAACCUCUGAUGCUGGACUUUAUAAACUGAAGAUUUUAGGCAACCCCAGCAGUGAAAAGAUCUUCAAUGUUACUGUUCAUGAUCAAAUAAAGACAGUGCCAGUGAUGGAGAGGGAAACAGUGACUUUAUGUACUGGUGUAGAAAAUCAAGAUGAUGUGAAGAUAUGUCGUUUUAAUGAUACUUUCAUCGCUGGAAUCAAUGGAUAUCCAAAUAAGACCUGUACAGAUGUACAGGGUAGUGAUGAGGGAUUCAGAGCCAGACUGAAACUGGACAAUCAGACUGGAUCACUGAUCAUCACAAACACCAGAUGCACAGAUUCUGGACUUUAUAAACUACAGAUCAACAGCAGCAGCUGCAGUAUUAUCAGGAGCUUCAAUGUUAUUGUCAAUGAUUCACAUUUAGAAACUCCAGCAAUGGAUCUAAUUGUACGUAGGAUAACAAUUUUUGGUGCAGUCAUACUGGUGCUGACCGUGGCUGUUGCGUUUGGAGUGAAACACUGUUCCACUGUCAGAAGAAGUAAUUUAAAGAAGAUAAACAUGAAUUUGCUGUGAGGAACAUUAUUUUAACCUCUAAGGUUUACAAUGACACUACUUCAUUCAUAUCCGCCAAAAAGGUUGUUCACAUAAGACAAAUGUGCGAGAAGACAGGAUAAUGCAGAGAGUCUCAAUGGGGAAUCGGUUCAGCACUGCAGCUGGAAUUGCUUGCAGGUUCAGCACUGAACAGGGUAAAGAUCUGUCUCAGCA